CGGCGGCCGAGGUGGACGCGGGCAUGCUGGGCGGCGGCCUGUGGACGGGAGAGGUGGUCGAGGUCUUCGGGCCGUCCGGCCUCGGCCUCAGCUCUUCCGAGGCGCCGGCAAGACGCAGCUCGGCCUCACCGUGGCCGCCCACUUCUGCGCCAGCGGCCUGCCGGUUCUGUUCGCUACCGCCAUGGACGCGCCGUCCGCGCUGGCGCGCAGGCUGCGGCAGCUGCUGUGCGCGCGCUUUGCGGGGCCACCGGGCGUUGCCGAACGUACCUCGAGGAGCCCCGAGCUCGGGCCGGCCCUGGACGCGGCGCUGGCCCACGCCCGGGUGGCCUCCGUGCCCGACUUCGCCGCGUUCGCGCGGCUGGCGACGGCGUGCGCGGCGCCCGGGGGGAAGGACGCGCCGCCCCCGCGCCUGCUGGUCGUCGACGGCCUCGCCGAGCUGCUCGCGCCGUUCGCCACCGCGCAGGGCUUCAGCCACCGGUGGCGGCUCGGCUGGAGCGCGAGGGCGCUGAGGCGCCUCGCCUCCGAGGCCGGCGUGCGCGUCCUGCUGCUGGCGCACGCGCCCUCGCCGCGCCUCGGCGCGGGCGCCGCGGGCGCCGGGCCGCUCGGCCAGGGGGCCUGGGCGUCGGCCGCCUCUUGCCGCCUCGAGCUGCGCGCGGACGACGAGCGCGGCGAGCACGGCGGGCACGCGCUGGUGCUCAGGAAGAGCACGAGGGCCGCGGCGGGGUGCAGCGUGCCCCUCGUGCUGGGCGCGGCCGGGGUGCGCGCCGUGGACGCCGGGGGUCCCGCGCCCCUCGGGGACCUAUCGGGGGGGGAGGUCGACAGCUGAGCCCGCGGCGGCAGAAAGAGGUGCCUCCUUCGUCUCCUC